AGGGGACUCCGUGAUCAAUUCGUUCUGUUAGCCUAAACUUAAUACGUCUACGGCUUUGUUGUUUAUACUCUUACAAAUUCUAAAGAGCUUUUAGACGAUGAAUGUCAUUUCAAGCCUUACAGUAACCCUUUCGACAGUAAGAUGCAUUAGAGUGGUUUUCCGUCAACCAUGAAAAGAAAUAGACCAACUAGUUAGUAGCAAUUAGUAAUAGUCAAUAUACACCUAAUUGAAGAAACAACUAGACGCUCUUGGAGCGUGAAGUCCGACUAGCUAUUUUUGAAAAUUGAGAAAGACAGGAUAUUACAUGGAUGCGCGCAUAUAGGAGAACGAGUGAAAGGUUUUAAGCAAGAUAAAAUUAUGAUGUUAUAUUCUGUCUAAUCAUAUGAUUAUAUAUGAAUGUAAAUUAUGUGAAAGCAAGUAUACAUGACUUUCAAAAAUGGCGCAGUUCACGUCCGCCUAUAUUGGGGACUAGUGACGAAUCAUGGAAACGAGACCUCAAAGGCCUUCCAUCAAGAAUCACUACGAAGAUCGUGUGUAGGCAGUGUCCAAAGGCACGGCACCAUGGAAGGCACCAUGGAAGCUCACUAUACGGAGGCUAGCCUUUGAGACCUCGUUUUAGUGCUUCAUCCCCAGUGCCCUGGUCGGCGACCGUGACACAUCGCACCAUUUUUGAAAGUCGUGAAUGCAGACUAGUUUUUGAUCCUGCGAGGCAAGGGAUCACCGACCCACAGAUAUCCCACAUUUAGCUAAGAGUGUGCGUCAAUAAGAACCAGUGUAAAAGCGUAUACAUUCGUUCUUCUCUUUCUCUCAAGCAAUAGUUGGGUGGCCUAUGGAAUGGCAUGUAAUUAUACAUGUAAGGGUUUAGACUCAACAAGUCAGAACCAGUUCCCUCUCUGUUGAUAUUUUUUUGUUACUAGUUUGAAUGACAAACCGAAUAACAGAGGAGCAAAUACUACAAUUAUGGAAUCAGUUUACAUUGUUGGGCAUUGUCCAGAGUUCAUUAGCAAGCUGUGAUGGACAUUCAACUAAUCUUUACGCUGAUGCAGGAACAUCCAAGAUUAUUACAAGUCCUAACUACCCUGCCAACUACAAUUCAUCCUUAAAAUGUUCCUGGACAAUUCAAUAUCUUUAUUUUUCCCUCAAUGUGCAGAUAAAGAUAGUUAGCUUUGAUACUACUGGAACCAGUGGAGCUUGUACAAGUGAAACUGAUAAUCUAGAAGUCUUUGAUCAUGRUAAUCUUGUUGGAAGAUAUUGUGGUAGCAAUGUACCAGGGAAUUUGACCAUUUAUAGUACUGGCAAAMUGUAUAGUCAAUAUCUAACACUGAUAUUUACCAGUCCAAGUAAUAAAACAAAGCAAGGCUUUAAACUGGAAUACAUGGCAGUUCAAGAUCCAUAUUGUGGCUCAUUUCUUCUUGAUGCUGAACUAGACAAACCAAAGAUUCUAACAAGUCCAAACUAUCCUGCUAACUACCCUCCUCAGGCAAAAUGUUCUUGGCUUAUCACAGCACCUCCAGGGCAUUUUGUAAAACUGAAUUUCACAAAUUUUGACCUGGGGGAUCCUCAUAAGCGCUUUGGAAGAUGUGAUCAUUUUCGGUAUCAUUCUUUAAAAGUAUUCAAUACAAAUAAAAGCUAUUUAUUGCUUAACAAUGAUCUCCUUGGAAAGUACUGUGGCAGCAUUGUACCUGCCAAUAUGAUUUCUUCCAAUAGAUAUUUCACUUUAGUUUUUUCAAAUAGAAUUAGAAGUAACUAUCCUACCAAACAAGGCUUCAGAUUGGAGUACUCUGCCCUUUCCACCCCAGCCAGUUACUAUUCCAUGUGUAUGAAGGAGAAUGCCAUAGUUGAGUACACUGGUCUUUUAGGGUUGAGUUUGAAAGCUUCUAGUAGUUUCCAAUAUAUCAGAAGCCCUCUGUACCCACACAAAUACCCUAKCAAUUUAAACUGCUAUUGGCGUAUCACUGCUUCGUCAAGCUCCAAGAGAAUAAAAGCUGAAGUGACUGACUUGAAGAUCAGCAACAAGGUUGUAUUUUCCUGCUCGUACCGUGAAGAUGCCUUAGAAAUCAKAGGUGGUGAUAAUUCUGCUAGUUAUUGUGACCUUUUCAAUGAUACAUCUAGAACAGUGAUAUCAUCAGGUCAGUAUAUGAGCGUUGUGUUCAGAACCAAUGAUGAUAACUUCUUUAGGGAAGAUACAGCUGGCUUUGAAUUGAGGUUCAUUGAGAUAAGCCAUUCCUCUAUCUUAAAGUUUGGUAUUGGAAUCAUCAUUCUUGCUCAGUCGUUGGUACACAUGAUUUGAUUAUGUCCUGCUGUCAAGAAGCCACGGAACGGCUAAAAAAUAACAAGAACACUUUAACUAUAAUCAAUAGCUAGUUAUCAUUGCAUGUUAUCAAUCAACGUAAAGAUUAAUUAUAGUGACAACGACUACUUGUGGUAGUCCUAUAAUUUUAGCUUUUUCUUGCAAUUUACAAUAGAAUAAGAAUUUAGUCGCUUCCUAUUUACCCCAACAAAAAUGGCAAAAAUUCCAACCCGCUGUAGCUGAAGAAUUUAGUAUCAAAAUAAUAGCACGUCAUAACGAACGUAGUUUAGUGUAGUCAAGUCAAACUGAGAGGAGCAACAAAGAACGAAGUGAACUAGUCUUAUGAAGCCUUCCUUUAAAGAAUCACAACCAACCGUCGUACCUUGCGAGCCGAAGCGCCAUUUAAGGUGGAUACGUCCUUUUAGCCUGUGUACAUCCGUUUCUCACCCCUCCAAAAAAAUCGUAGAGAGAACGGAGAGAACGUCGUUCUCUCCCCGAUUUUUUUGGAGGGGUGAGAAACGGAUGUACACAGGCUACGUCCUUUCAGUUUGGACAGAAAUACCUGUAUCAUGGUUGGUUAGGAUUCUUUAAGUAGCUAUCCAAUCCCGCGGAGACAAGAUCAGACGUAAGUCUGUUCGUUUUCCAAUGUACUAGGUGGCAUAGACUCUAAUAGCGGUCUGUAGUAAUUUUAGUGAUUUUACGCAUUGUAAUGGUUAAGUGAGUCMACGUGUAACAGGCAGUUCGUUACGCGUAUAAACACGAAUUACCCUUCACGACUCUAAGGUGGUUAAUCUGGCGAACUCCCGUGCCCGACACAACGCGCCUGUGACAUCGGGAACACGACACCUACCAAUCCUGUUCAUCAUGGGUGCUUGAUAGACUAAACCCUGACAGCAGGGUGUACUCGUACUCUAAAGGAGUUGGAAAGUGCUGACUUAUUCAGUACUUUUUCAAAUUGAGCUCAUUUAAAAGUUUUCAAACGGGGGUUCCACUUUUCGCAUUUUCGGCUAAAACAAACGUUUUUCCUGCGCCUCUCGAACUGUAGCAAAUGUCAAAUGUAGCGUGACUGUAUUUAAUAAAAAUUCAUUGUACGAUG